AUGCAGCUCCCGACUUCAACCCUCGCCGCGCUCUUCGCCAGUCUCGUGUUCAGCUCAUUUGCGGCUGCUGCUCCCACUGCUGAGCUCGACAACAACGGAGGACCCGUCGUCGACCUUGGCAAGUACGGCAAGUUCUUGGGAACUGUGCAAAACAACGGCACCGUCCACUCGUGGAAAGCCGUCCCGUAUGCCGCCCCUCCCGUCGGCGAUCUCCGCUUCAAGGCUCCUCGCUCGCUUCCAACCCAGAACAGCACCAUCCAAGACGUCUCGCAAGACUUCCCAGGGCACAUCACCGCCUGCGUCCAGUUCGGGACGACAUCCUUCGUUGGUGUGAACGCCUCGCCAGGUACGGAGGACUGCCUCAAGCUUUGGAUUUGGGCGCCGGCGAAGGCCAAGGCAGGCGACAAACUGCCUGUCGUCGUUUAUACCCAUGGUGGAGGGCUACAAAACUCGCAGUCGCCGAACAACGACUUCUCCGACAUGGUCGGGCAGGACGGAGGGUUCAUUGCGGUCAACGCCAACUACCGCCUCGGCUUGCUCGGGCAUUGGAACAGCGUUGCCUCGCGCGACGAAGGCGAGCCGGGCAACCUCAGUCUGCUUGACGGUCGCUUCGCCGUCGACUGGGUUCACAAGAAUAUCGCGCAAUUUGGUGGCGACCCUAACAACAUCGCGAUCCAGGGCCAGAGCGGCGGAGGCGGAGCCAUCAUGUCCCAGCUGGUCCUCUACGAUGGCAAGAAGCCCAACUACCAGAAGGCGAUUCCGCGCUCGAACCAGAACUACGCGGCGUACAAGAUCGAGGAUUUGACGCCCCGCAACGACGCCUUCGCCAAGCUAGUCAACUGCACCGACUCGGCUAGCACGAAGGAAGGCGCAGCAAAGCAGCUCGCUUGCAUGCGCUCGCUUCCAGCCGAGACGAUCCGUCUGGCCGCGGUCAACUUCUCUCGCACGGCGCAGCCCAACGGGUACUCGUGGCCUGGAUGGCUCCCCUCGGUUGACGGCGAGACGCUCACGGACCAGCCAAUCCGCCUCUUCAACCAGGGCAAGAUCGCCAAGGUCCCCGUCUUGACUGGCGACGUGACGAACGAGUUUGGCCAACUGAACCCGCACCCGAACGGCAACUUCACGGCGCUCGUCAACAGCACCAUUGGGCCCGCAGUCACACCCGACUUUAUCGCAGAGAUGGAGCGCAUCUACCCGGCGCCGAUCGCGAACGCCUCGCUCGACACAAACACCUACGCCACGGAAGAUAACCGCGGCUGGACCUUCAUGAACGAGUACUCGUUCAACGGCGCGGCGUUCGCGAUCGCGCGCGCAGCGAAGAAAGCCGGCCUCCCCUCGUUCUACUACCGCUUCAACGCGCCGCAGACGCAGAAGUACCCCGCCUACUACGGGGCCAGUCACAGUGCGGACAACUGGCACCUCCAGAAUGCUACGAGCGAGAUGAACGCGACGGAGAAGGCGGUCGCGUACGAGUGGCGCGCCUACAUUUCGAGCUUCAUCAAGCACAGCGACCCAAACACAGCCCGCCUCGCCUCCUCUCCCGAAUGGCAGCAAUUCAACCCGACCUACCGCUACGCUCCGCGCCUUCUCGUACAGCAACAACUCGCCGCUUCGGCGAACCUCUCGGCUCCGACGGGGACGGGGAUGGAGUUGGUCCCGACGAACGAGUGGGAUAGGCUGGCGCUGUGGACUUCGGAGGAGGUGAUCAAGAUGACGAAGCAGUGA